AUGGGAAAACGUGUGCUUGUCGGAUAUGGAAUCGAUGUUGAUGCAGUCAGUGGGUGGUACAGGCAGAUCAUGCACCACAAUGAUGGUUCUGCACCGGACUUGACCGACGUAUCACGUGGCAUCUUCGGUGCGACAGUGGGCAUCGACCGACUACUCAAACUAUUUGAUAAAAACAACAUCAAGGCAUCUUGGUUUGUUCCGGGACACACGGUUGAGUCAUUCCCAGAACAAAUACAAAAGAUAAAAGAGGCAAACCAUGAGAUUGGUUUACAUGGUUACUCACAUGAGCAUGUCAAUGUCUUAUCAGAUCAACAAGAGCGAGAUGUGCUCGCCCGGUCUAUUGAAGUCCUCACUAAACUCACAGGGAAUCAUCCGAAGGGGUGGACCGCACCAUCAUGGAAGACGUCUCCUCGCACCAUCAAGUUGCUCGAGGAAUUCGGCAUAGAAUAUGAUCAUUCCUUUAUGCAUCAUGAUUCUCAGCUCUACUACCUCCCUCACUGCCAUGCGGAGAUUACUACGACCAAUAUAUCCCAGCCCGCCGCUUCCUGGAUGCUUCCAAUGGGGAAGCUCACCCCCAGCAAAAUUGUUGAGGUCCCCGCCAACUGGCAUUUGGAUGACUGGCCACCUUUUCAGCUUGAAGAUGGCCCUUCUCAUGGGUAUGUUGACCCGUAUGUUAUUGAACAACUGUGGAAGGAUCAGUUCGACUUCCUCUAUCAAGAGUACGAUACCUUCGUUUUCCCAAUCUCGCUCCAUCCCCAGGUUAGUGGGAAGCCUCAGAUCAUGCUCCUGCACCAGAGAUUGAUCAACUAUCUGAACGCCCACGAAGGAGUGGAAUGGUGUACCUUUGGUGAAAUGGUGGAUGAGUUCAAGGCUGGAAGAAUCGGCGGCGCUCAGGUAGCUGGGGGUGUUAGGUCAUAG